UCAAGCCGACCCAUGAGAGAGUUGAUUCAACGAGGUAACGGGACUGACCUAGACCCAGAUUGGGCCAUUAAAUUUAGCUACUUGUGUUGUGUGUUAAAUGGACCCCUUAGUUAACCUCUUUCAUCAACCUCUACGAUAAUCAACAAUCAACAAAAAAAAAAGAAAAGAAAACAAAUUGAUUACCAUAAUCAUGAUGAUAGUAAUCGUGUUGAUAACAAUAUCUUGAUUGUUAUGAGAGGGCCAAAGUAUCCAAAUCUAACUAAAAGUGAUUUUCAGUUAUCAUUAACCUGAAAUUUUUUCUUCUUUCUUUCUCUUUCCUUUUUUUCAAUCUUCUUCUUCUCCAUCAUCAUUUCAUCAUCUCAUCAUCAUCUCCAUCUUCUCCAUCAUCAUCAUCAUCAUCAUCUUCGAACAAAAAACCAGUUUCUCUCUCUCUCUCUUUCUCUCUUUUUGGCCUCCAUUCACUCUUAUGCCCCAUUUUAUCUCUCUCUUCUCUUUCUUUUCCUUAAUUUAUCUCUUUCUCUCUAUCUCUUUCUCUUUCAUCAUCAUCAUCUUGCCUCCCUCUCCCUCUCACUCACUUACUAAUUUACUCACUUUAUUUUGUUUUGUAAAACCUUUCAGCGUGUUUUAAGCAAAGUGCCUUUCCAUCAAACGCUUUUGUACCAAUGCGAGUGACAGUUUAUUCAGAAAGUUAAACGGGAAUAAAAAAAAGUUUUUCCAAUUCUGUGAACAUCAUAUAACCAUAGUGACUGAACAUCAUCAUCACCAUAAUCACCAUAAUCCCCACCACCAAUUACCAUCACCAUCUUCACCAUCAUCGGUACGAUUAAGUGAAUUAUCCUUGUGUUGAACAUGACAAAUAAUCCGAACGCUAAUCGAGCCCUUCGAGUUGCAAUUCUGGGAAGCUCACAAUCGGGAAAAUCAGCGGUGACAGUUCGAUACCUGACAAAACGAUACAUCGGUGAAUACAGUUCGAGUAAAGAUUUCCUUUAUCAUCAUACCUUAACCGUUGAUGAAAUUAAAACUGAUGUUGAAAUUAUGGAUACAUCAAGUUGUAAGUGUAUCUAUGACCAUAUCGCUUGGGCCGAUGCAUUUGUCGUUGUCUACUCAAUCUGCGACAAGGACAGUUUCCAUGCAGCCCGAUCGCUGCUCGAAUCAAUCGCAAUGUACAAAGGGCCAAGACGAUUUCCAAUAAUACUACUUGGUAAUAAAAGAGAUUUAGAGCACAGUCGAGAGGUUCCAGUGGACGAUGGUCAAGAAUUAUCACUUCUCUGGCAAUGCCAAUUCUAUGAAGUUUCAGCAGCCGAAAGUUACAUCGGUGUUUCAUUGGCCUUUCAAAGUUUAAUUCGUGAAGCUAAAUCAUCGGCAUCGUUGAAAAAUUUACCCCCGAUGAGACGGAAAACCUCACCAGCGAUGAUCGGUAAAAUGAUAGGAAUCGUUUUCGGCAAAACAGGUUCGAAGGCCUUGAGAAACGGUAAAAAACGACCUUCUCUCUCGAUAUAACAUCAUCUUAAUCAGUCGCCUCUUCAUCAUCAUCAUCAUCAACCUCAUGACCAUCAUCGUAAUUAUCAUAACCAUUGCCAAUGUCAAUUCCUGAGGAAUUUAAAUUUAAUAUAAUAACUAAAUCAACUGAAUAUUUUUGUAAUCAAAAAUAAAUCCUAUGUAAAGUUAACAUUAUAAUUUAGUGUAAAUAGUUGUGCCAAAUGAAUUUAUAUCAUGUAACAAUUAACUUUGAUUGUUAUUAUAUUUUUAUAACGAUCUUAAAAUAAAAUCAUUCUUGGAUUGAAUGAAAGAAAACAAUUA